GUAACUCAUAAAUAAUAUCACCGGUUGUGUCCAGGCAAAGUAUUAUAAAUCCUAUACACAUUUUCUUCACACAGUCAUAUAUAAAAAGGCUAUAGAAGAAAGCGUACAAACAAUAGGUUCACAAAACACUUAUAAAUUAUGACUGAACCUUGCGCGCGCUCGGGUUGUUACGAGUUGGCUCUGCUGGUAUUGCCAGUCUGCGACUUCUGUCAGAAAAGGUACUGCACGACACAUAUUUUGCCUGAGGUUCAUGGGUGUGGGGAUGCCUGCAGAAAGGCCGCGCAGCAGCGCGCCGCCGAAGCGGCAGCCCAGCAGAAAAAGAAUCUCAGGCUCCUUGGAAAUCAAGAAGCGAGGCAGCGCUUAGCCAAAAGGCUAGAGGAAAACGAAGCUGCGCGGCGAAAGAGGCUUCCGAAGUGCAAGGAAAAAAAGCCUGGAAGCCAAUAGGGUGCGUUCUUAAAAAAAAAUUAUUUUUGUUGAAUCUUAACUUGAGGGCUUAUAAAAUUUUGAAAUAUUCGGGUGGGCUCCAGACUAUAGGCUUGACAUUUACGUAAACACAAAGAGACACACUCCAGAGUCGAGAGGUGGUGAAGUUUAUUUUAACGACUUCACGUAAACCAUCCCCUUUGUAACUGGCGUCGUUCUCACAGGAAAGGCUCAUCGACGUUUUCACUUUAUAAGCGUGGUUUUGACAACUACAAAAUACAAGCCAAAAGUUUUCCUUUUAAUUAAAAAUAAAAUUAAUCGGUAAAUGUAGUUCAAUUUGUCAUAUAUUGGUAAAAAAAUGUUUUUCUGAGUUUACUAGGGGUGCCUCAAAGAAGCUGGUUGUAUCUGAAGUACUACAUCAAGAACGUUAAAUGGCAAACAAUUAAUCGGAAAAGGGAAAAAUAGCGGAUUUGUUCAUGGAUUGUCAAUGUCGUAGGUGGCUUCUAUCAGGUGCUCUGUCGUUUAAACAUAGUGGCAUAUUUAUUGAUCUCCUAAGGGUGUUCUUUCGGUAUCUA